AUGGAAUAUCGAUAUCUUGGCCAUAGCGGGCUCAAGGUUUCUAUCCUCUCUCUUGGUGGAUGGGUCACGUUUGGACAGCAAGUUCCACCAGAUGUGACACUUGAAAUUAUGCAAAUUGCUUUUGAUCAUGGUAUCAACUAUUUCGAUACCGCUGAAGUAUAUGCCGGUGGGAAAUCAGAAAUAGAUAUGGGUAAUGCGAUUAAGAAAUUACAAUGGAAACGUUCGGAUUUCGUGAUUUCCACGAAAAUCUUUUGGGGCGGUAAAGGACCCAAUGAUCGAGGUUUAUCAAGAAAGCACAUCAUCGAGGGAUUGAACGCAUCCUUAAAGAGGCUGGAGUUGGAAUAUGUUGAUAUAGUCUAUGCCCAUAGACCGGAUCCGGAUACUCCGAUGACGGAAAUAGUUCGUGCAUUCAACCAUGUAAUCGAGAAAGGAAAAGCUUUCUAUUGGGGAACUUCAGAAUGGUCGGCUCAACAGAUCAUGGAAGCUCACGGUGUGGCUAAUAAAUUGAACCUCAUCCCCCCGCUGGCAGAACAAGUUCAAUACAACAUGUUUAACCGUGAUCGUGUCGAAUCGGAAUAUGAAAAUUUGUUUAAUGAACAUAAAAUGGGUGCGGCCGUUUGGUCACCUCUUGCUAGUGGAGUAUUAACGGGAAAGCAUAAUGAUCAAAUAGCGGAAGAUUCUCGAAUGAGUUUAACAGAUAAUGCUGUCAUGAAACGGUUAAGAGAGGGUUUAUUAAGCGAGGAAGGGAAAGUAAAAAUUGAUAAGGUCAAGAGAUUAAAGCCGAUCGCUGACAAAAUCGGAGCUACUCCGGCACAAUUAGCUCUUGCCUGGUGCUUGAAACACCCACGAGUUAAUACGGUAAUUACUGGUGCUUCCAAACCCGAACAAAUCAAAGAAAAUCUUCGAGCCGUUAUAUUAAAGUCCAAACUGACACCUGAAAUCAUGGCAGAAAUUGACAAUAUAUUAGAUAAUUUACCAAAACCUCAAUUUAAUUUCAGAGAUUCAUAA